AUGUUUCAUACUCACAUUGUCCCUCCCAUUCAAACCUUUGAAUAUUUCCGAAACUCAAUACAGAGAACCCAAGUACGAGAAAACUACCAAAACUUCCAUGGCGUACACCAAGGAACGUGAAAACUUCGUCUACAUCGCCAAGCUCGCUGAACAAGCCGAACGAUAUGAUGAAAUGGUGGAAGCAAUGAAGAAUGUGGCGAAGCUAGAUGUUGAGUUGACUGUGGAGGAGAGAAACCUUCUGUCAGUUGGGUACAAGAACGUAGUUGGUGCUCAUAGGGCUUCGUGGAGGAUUUUGUCCUCGAUUGAGCACAGGGAAGAUUCGAAAGGGAAUGAUGUGAGUGUGAAGAGGAUAAGGGAGUAUAGAAACAAGGUGGAAUCUGAGUUGUCUAAUAUUUGCAGUGAUAUUAUGGCUAUUAUUGAUGAUCACCUUAUUCCUUCGUCUUCUGCUGGUGAAUCUAGUGUGUUUUUCUAUAAGAUGAAAGGGGAUUAUUAUCGGUAUUUGGCGGAGUUUAAGAAUGGUGAUGAGAGGAAAGAGGCUGCUGAUCGUUCCAUGGAAGCAUAUCAGACAGCUUCUACUGCAUCAGAAGAUGAAUUGGCUCCCACACAUCCCAUUCGAUUGGGUUUGGCUUUGAACUUCUCUGUCUUCUAUUAUGAAAUUUUGAACUCUCCAGAAAGGGCUUGUCACCUUGCUAAGCAGGCAUUUGAUGAAGCAAUCUCUGAGUUGGAUACUCUGAGUGAGGAGUCUUACAAAGACAGCACAUUGAUUAUGCAGCUUCUAAGGGACAACCUCACAUUGUGGACUUCAGACAUCCCUGAAGAAGGAGAUGAGGAUCAAAAGGUUGAAUCUUCACGAGCUGGUGGAGAUGACGAUGAAUAGUGAAGAAAACAAGAUACAAGCUAUGAAUUUGCGGUGUGGAUGCAGUAAGGCUACUCUGUUGACACCUUUGAUAGUUUUUACCAUUAGGAUGUUGUUAUAGGACAUGAAAUUGGGAUUGCAUGGUGUUGUUUGACUGUAUUUUAAUGUUUGCUUUGUUUUUAAGUACAUAUUUGCAAAAGGGAUGCUUGCUUCAUUUCAUUCAUCAAUUUUCACAUAUUAUACUUUUUACAGAUAAA